AUGGCUCUCUUCAACGCUUGGAUCAGCACGUCGUACGAUCUCAUCGUCGGGAAUCAACAAAUCCGCGAGUGUUUUUGGGAUAAGGUCACCGACGUAUACAACGAGCAAAAGCCGAAGGGGACCUUCCGCCGCAACAUGAAAAUGCUUCACAGUCAUUUUGAGCGAGCCGACAAAGAUAUCAAAAUAUUUUGUGGGAUUUACAAGCAUGAAGCGGAGAAUUACCAAAGCGGAGCAAGUGGAGCCGACAUUUUGAGAGCGGCUUUGCUAGUCUUUAAAUCCGACACCGGCAAAGAUUUCAAACAUCCCGAUGUUUGGCAGUCGGUCAAAGAGCUUGAUAGGGGGCUCCUCCGGUACACGACGUCGGCCGCAAGGGAAAAAGGCGGCGAAGACGGCUAG